UUACAAAAUGGCAGACGACAUGAAAGCCAUGGAUGGCGCUCAUAUACUUUGUACUGCACUGAAAGCUCAGGGAGUUGAGUACAUGUUUGGAAUUGUUGGAAUUCCAGUCACAGAAAUAGCAAUGGCAGCACAGGAACUGGGAAUAAGAUAUAUUGGGAUGAGAAAUGAACAAGCAGCAUCCUAUGGUGCUUCAAUCAUUGGCUAUAUGACAAGAAAACCAGCUGUUUGCCUGGUUGUCUCAGGACCAGGACUGGUACAUGCCUUAGCUGGCAUGUCAAAUGCUAUGGAAAACUGUUGGCCAAUGAUUGUGAUUGGUGGAUCUAGUGAACAAGAUCAGGAAGGGAUGGAUGCCUUUCAGGAGUGUCCUCAGGUUGAUAUUGCACGUCCUUUCUCAAAAUAUGCAGCAAGACCAAAUAAGGCAGAAAGAAUUCCUUUUUAUGUUGAAAAGGCAGUAAGGUGUAGUACCUUUGGAAGACCAGGUCCUGUGUAUUUAGAUUUUCCAGGAAACAUGAUUAAUCAGAAUGUCCUUGAAAAAAAUAUCAGUCCUUUUGUUGUAUGUCCAUCACCUCCAUUGACCUUAGCUGACCCAGAAAAAGUCAGAGAUGCUGCAGAUUUAUUGUACUAUGCCCAGAAACCUCUUGUCAUUAUUGGUAAAGGAGCUGCAUAUUCACAAGCAGAAAAUUCAGUCAGAGAGCUAGUGGAAGGUUGUAAACUGCCAUUUUUACCAACACCAAUGGGUAAAGGUGUACUACCAGAUGAUCAUCCAUUGUGUGUUGCUCCAGCAAGAUCAAAAGCAUUGCAAGAAGCUGAUGUAAUAGUGUUACUAGGUGCUAGGCUCAACUGGAUACUGCACUUUGGUCUACCUCCAAGAUUCAAUCCAAAAGUCAAAAUUAUCCAGAUUGACAUACAUGCAGAACAGAUGGGAAAUAAUGUACAGUCUGCUGUCUCUCUAGUAGGAGACUGUAGUGCUAUAGUUCAACAGAUAAAUGAAGUUUAUGGAAAAAUGCCAGGAAGAUUUGCUUUCAGUCCCAAAUCACCUUGGUGGAAAACAUUGACCUCUAAAGUUCAAGCCAAUCAGCAAUCAGUACAGCAAAUGAUAGAUGACAAAUCUGUUCCAAUGAAUUACUUUGCUGCAUAUGAUGAGAUAAGAUCACUACUACCAAAAGAUUGCAUUAUUGUCAGUGAAGGAGCUAACACAAUGGACAUCAGUAGGACCAUGAUACUGAACAGUUUGCCUAGACACAGAUUAGAUGCUGGAACGUAUGGAACAAUGGGUGUAGGACUUGGAUUUGUUGUUGCUGCAGCAGCUUGGUGUAAGGAUCAUACACCAAAUAAAAAAGUCGUAUCCAUUCAAGGAGACUCAGCUUUUGGAUUUUCUGGUAUGGAGUUAGAGACAAUAUGUAGAUACAAACUGCCAGUUAUAAUGAUAAUUAUGAACAACAAUGGCAUUUAUAAUGGAUUGGAUGGAGAGUCAUGGGAAUCACUACAAGAUAUGGACCUUCCUUUAAGCCUUCCUCCAUCAUGUUUGACUGUUGAUGCUCAUUAUGAGAGAAUGAUUGAAGCUUUUGGUGGCAAAGGAUAUUUUGUCAGGACUGCAGCUGAAUUGAAAUCUAGUCUGACUACAGCAUUAAACAGCAAAGAUCAAAUCUCACUGUUAAAUGUGAUGAUAAAUCCACAAGCUCAAAGAAAACCCCAGGACUUUUUCUGGCUGACAAAAUCCAAGAUGUGAUAACUUUAUUUUUAUGUUUGCUGCUUAUGGAUUUAAUGGAGAACCAUGGACAAACGCAUUGUGUAAUUUAAAUAAUUGUAAAUUCUAAUAUUUUUAAUCAUAAUAAUUAGAAUGAUAAUUAUAUUGCCAAUUACAAUAGAAUACAAAAAGAAAGUAAAAGUACAAGAGAAAAUUCAAAUAAAACUCUUUUUAACCACCAACAUCAUUGUGAACUUCCAAUGAUGUAACAGACAUUAGAAUUUCAAAAACUAUCAUAUAUUAUGGUGUUUUUUAAGGAAGUAUCUGAAUAAUAGUCCAAAAAAUGCUCCAAUCAAUAUGUUAUAGAUAUCAAAAAUUGUCCACUUUACCAAAUUCCAGAAAGAACAAAAGUCUUAAACUUUUAACACAAGACAACAUAUGGCUAGGUUACAUUUAGUUUUUAUUAUUUAUCUAGAUUUGUAUCUUCUUACAGGGUUUAUGAGAUUUGAACAUUGGUAAACUAAUGUUGCAUCUAAUUUACAGACAUGAUUUGUGUCAGGCUGAACUGUCUCUUUUUAUAUAUAACCCUUAACCUUGUAAUCUAAAUCAUAGAAUAACAGAAAGUACAUGUAAGAACAUACACAAGAAAUCAGGUGAGAAAAACCUUGUAUAAUAAACGAUAAUAACACAGGUUAAAGCAAGAGCUUAUUAACCAUAAAACUUAUCCCAUCCAUAACAUUAUCUUAACAUUGUACCUCAAUGCAGUCUUAUAUAAAUGGUAUCUGAGUUUGCCUAUUACAACGUUACUGGCACUAGUAUCUAACAACAUUAUAGGUCACAUUUCAAUGACCCGAAGUCAUGAAUGUUCAUUAUUUUAGGUUCUUUCAAUCAAAAGCCAGACUAAUAAAUGGUAUUUGGUUUGUAACACAAAAUAAUGUAGUUGAUUGAACUUGAUUCAGUUGUUUACCUUUUAAAAUUAAUUUCCUAACAGCUAGAAGCGGGAAUAAGAUUGGUUAAAAAAAACAUUUAUUAAUAUUAUUGAUCUCUAAUUCCCACCUUCUGUAAA